AGUAUAGCAUAAAAAUACUUGCGGGGGGCAAAUCUGCUCGCUUCUCUAACGUCACCUUCUAAAGUGAGCGUCCAAUCGGUCCCCUCUGAGAAGUUAUCCCUGGUCUGGUAGAUGGACGGCUUUGAAGACCUGUCCGAUUCUGCGGCAAAAGCUCCUGAGUCGGUUCUCCUCGUCGAGCCCGACAAGACUCUGGAGGGCAUAUUCGAAGAUGACUCCGACAUGCCCGAAUGGACUGUGCCCGCGACGUCGGGAAAUUUUGGCGGGACCAACGAAGGACUCGAGCUCAGUGGCGGUACGACAAGAGAGACUACGGUACCUGAGGGCGAAGCGAAUGAGAAGGAGCCGACGAAGAGUCCACCUCGAGCGACUCGAAGUCACAACGUGAACGAAAUGUCCAAGAGAUCUCGUAGGCGCCGAGUUCGUUACUUUAAUAUCUUGGAUCAGAUCAACAAUCCUGGACCGCUAGGGGGCGCUGCCGCGCCCACAAAUCAAGAGGUGGCACCUCCGGCUAUUCCGGCACCUCCGGCAUUUCCGGUUCCCCCUGUUUCUCCGGUUCCCCCUGUUUCUCCGGUUCCUCCGAUUCGCGAGUCGGACAGCGGGGCGGAGGUGUCCGAUGGCGAGACAUUGGACGGGGGCCGCGCGCGUUUGGCGAAUGACGACAACGCGCAGGAGCGCGAAUCCAGAGCGAGCCUUGGUUCGGGAGUCUCCUGCGCGGGAGAGUCGUUGCCAGAAACGGGUGGAUCUGCCUACUCGGUGAUUCUCAGCGAGAUCAGAGACUUGAGAGCGGAAGUCGAGUCUCUGAAGCGCAAAGCUGAAAAGGCCGUUCCGGAUUCCGUCUUCUGCAAGGAUUUGAAUUAUUGGCUCGAGAAAAUCAUACCGGCGGACAAAGAAGUUUGCGAACAGAUAGCGCGUUGGGUGGCCUUGACUUACCACGCCACCCUCAAGCGUCUGGCCGACGAAAAUGACCGGUGGACGCGUGCCAUGUGUCCUCGCAUAAGUGACCUGCUGGACGGCAAGGAUUCCGACUUGGCGAAGGACGUCAUUGAGAAGUUUCGAGCUCUUUGCAGCGUCGUCGAGCAGAAAGAGAGGGCGAUUCAGCAGCUCGAGCUCGAAUAUCGGUCCGCCGUCAAGUUGUUGUCUUUGGUUUAUUUCGGGAAAUCUCUUCCGCCUAUUGAUCAGCGCGAUUUCGAUCUGAAUUCGAGAAGUCUUGAGGACAUGCGCGCGUUUGUUGACAGGCUCUACGCCCGGACGAUGAAUGCGGCGCCCUUGGAUCUGAACGAAGAGGCGGCUGGGUCUUCUUCCGUCGGUGCUCGCGCCAGUUUAUCGGAAGAAAAGCCGGUGGAUUCCGAAUUUAGGCCUCGCGUGACGGACGCCAUCUGGAGGGCCUUUCAGGACGUGUGGAACAGGUUGUAGGGGUUUGGUUUUCCGGACGAGCAAAUAAAGGAAAAUGGGGGGUGGGUGGGUCGUCUUUGCGACGCGUGGCUUCGGCUUUAUUUGGGCGAAA